AAACGAACUCUAAACUUAUCCUAUGUUGCUAAAACAAGUUAUGGUUAGUUUAUUUCAAAAUUGAUAGCCAAUAUUAGACUGUUAACCACCUAACCCUCAAUGUUGCUUAGACGAGCGAGAAAACACUCCCUCUCACAGCGACCCCAUCUUGGCUCCCCUGAGAUGGUGAUGUGAGUACUUCAGGUGAUGCUUCUUGCGUGACGUGUAAUCUAAUGGACGGGAGGUUUCUUCAACAACGACAACAGAUUCAACUACGCGGUAGCUUGCAAUCGAAAAUAAAACCGAAACAUUGAAGCGUUUAAGACCAGCCUUGUGUAUAUUACUCUUUGUGUUUUGAACAUAAUUUUGUUUACCUAUCAUCUAGUUAAUUUAAACGUAAUUUGUUUGUUAAAUUAGCAUAUGUGUUACAUUGAUACUGCACUAGGCCAAUCGCCUGGAACAUGAGCUCACUAAACUCGACGGAGAAAUAAACUCUGGUGAAAGGAGAGGAAGAAGCUUUCAGAAUGAAAAAGGAGGAAGAGGAGGCUAUCACAUUAAAAGAAGAAGAGGAUGAUAUUACAGUGAAAGAGAAAGAUGGGAAAGAGGUUGUCAGAGUGGAAAAGGAGGAGGUAGAAGCUUUCAGAAUCAAAAAGGAGGAAGAUGCGGUAACAUUGAAAGAAGAGGAAGAACCUUUUGGAGUAAAAGAGGAAGAGGAGGUUAUCUCAAUAAAAGAGGAGGAAGACGUUUUGGAAGUGAAAAAGGAGGAGGAGGCUGAAGAUCGGAUUACCACCAGAGAGAGACAUGACUAUUGUGGAUCUUCUGGGGAGCAUCAACAACAUCCUGAUGCUGACUAGACAGAGAAGUGUCUCUCCAGAUCAGAACACCAGAUUGUACAGCUUGGACAACGCUAGCCCUUCUGCCCUCCCAGAGUCCUCGUGUCGUGCCUCUCGCGGUAGCACCUUAAUGCUGGGUAUGAAGAGGUUGUCUGUGCUGCUGGUGGACUGCAGGAAAACAACGGGGCUGAGUGGAACUGUGAGAGGAGGAGAAGAGAAGAAAGGAUCAGAUUUAACUCAUCAAAGAGAAAGACCAGACUCGGAGGAACCAGAGCCAGGGACUUCCAAACCAGCAAGACGACACCAGUGCUCCCAGUGUGGAAAGAGUUUUAACCAGAAAGGACACCUGAACCAACAUGAGAAAAUACACACAGGGGAGAAGCCUUACCACUGCUCCCAGUGUGGAACGGGUUGUAACGGGUUAAGGGACCUGAAACAACAUGAGAGAAUACACACAGGGGAGAAGCCUUACCUCUGCUCUCAGUGUGGAAAGAGUUUUACCCUGUUAUGUAACCUGAAAACACAUGAGAGAAUACAUACAGGGGAGAAGCCUUACCACUGCUCUCAGUGUGGAAAGCGGUUUAACCAGAAAGGACACCUGAAGCAACAUGGGAGAAUACACACAUGGGAGAAGCCUUACCACUGCUCCCAGUUUGGAACAGGUUGUAAUCAGCUAAGGGACCUGAAAAGACAUGAGAGAAUACACAAAGGUGAGAAGCCUUACCACUGCUCCCAGUGUGGAAAGAGUUUUACGACGAUAGGGACACUGAAAAUACAUGAGAGAAUACAUACAGGAGAAAAGCCAUACCACUGCUCCCAGUGUGGAAAGAGUUUUACAACAUUAUGGAGCCUGAAAAUACACGAGAGAAUGCAUACAGGAGAAAAGCCGUACCACUGCUCCAAGUGUGGAAAGAGUUUUACCCACUUAAGUAACCAGAAAAAACAUGAGAGAAUACACACAGGGGAGAAGCCUUACCACUGCUCCCAGUGUGGAAAGAGAUUUAGCGAGUUAGGAAGCCUGAUAGCUCAUGAGCGAAUACACACAGGGGAGAAGCCUUACAAAUGCUCAGACUGUGGGAAGACAUAUUACUCAUCACAAUCACUUAAAAGACAUGUGAGAAUCCACACAGGGGAGAAAACAACAUGAAUUGAAUAUGGAGUAUGUCAGUUUGAAUAAAGAGUAGAUCAGAUUCCAUGUGUUUAAAUGGUCCAUUUUUAAACUCUGACUGUGUGUUUAUCUGGGUGUGUCAUUCCUCCAGCACUACAGAUAAUCAAGUGAUAUUUGGAUGUGAUGCAUUUGCUCCAUUGUUGACAUUUGUAUUGGUGGCUCACUGAAGAUUUAAUGAAAUGAAAGUUAUCACUGACUCUGUAAUGGAAAAUGUUAAUUGUAUGUCUCCACAUAACUGAGUAUGUGACUAACCUUGUGAAACUGUCAUUAUAAUAUCCUGUUCUUGGGAGUCUCGUCCUGUGUUGCAAACCAGCUGCACCUGCGUCCUUGUAUAGAGGAGGUCCCUCCCAGGAACAGGAAACUAUGAAGAUAUGUGCCCAUCACCCAAUGCUUCGGAAUUCAGACUGUACACUGUGCUGUGUAACUCUGUUAUUCUCUCUGAGCUCAGAAAUCAAGAAUCUUGGUUUGACUUGGACUCCAGCAGAUCCUUAUUUUAUAAUAUCCACCACAACUCGCCCACGGAUUGCUGUUUAUCAUUGUCUCAAUGAAGAGUUCCUUGUUCCACUUUCCUGGGGGAAUGUGCAAGCCUCCCACUGGUUGAAUAAAUGUUGUUUCCACAUCAUUUCACUAAACAAAUCCAUGUGAUGAUGUUAGAUCAAUGUAGAAAACUAAUUGGACUUGUAUAAAGCCAUCAACAUCAGGUAUUUUUAAAAAUAUUUUUCACCCAACUUGCAACCUAAAUCCAAUGACAGGUGACAUUUUGUGUUGAAUUCACUUUAGUUGACGACUCAAAGAAAUGUAAAAUCUUGACAACCUUGUUUUAAACUUUGAAAUGUGUUUGUCAUAACCAGCCUUCUGGACAUGUGUACUAUAUAAAAUAUCAGGGACUCCUUGAUUCACCAGAGGUUCUUGUUCUCUACAGUUUAACAUAAACAGUAUUUCCCUCCCCUCUAAAAACAUACUUUUGGAUUAUAAACAUGUCAAUAAAAAAAGAUUACUAAAGUAGCCAAUGUAUCUUGUCAUGUCAUAUACAUCAUAACCCAAGGGUGGUCAAAAUUGUUGUUCAAAUGUUGCAUAUAAAAUCUUUAGUACCUAGGCAUUGUGUUAUAUGUUAGAAUGUCUAUUAAACAACUAUUAUAUACAUGAACAAUAUUGUUUUGUCAAAAUGAAGUUAUUUGGAUUUUCACGAAUUAUCUUUGAAAGACAGGGUCCUGAAAAAGGGACGUUUCUUUUUUUUGCUGAGUUUAUUUAAAGUGUCAUAUUGAGAUGCAAACUCAAAUAUAAAUACAUGAAAACUA